UGGUCAAACUAUUUUUUAGACCUCUUUUAUUUCUAAUUUUCCCAUAAACAUAUUCAAGUAUCUAUACUAUUACUGCUAUUUUCAAAUCUCAAAACGAACCAAUAAUUACAUUAACAAACUUAAGGAAAUCAUAUUAAAGGUCUAAAUUUGUUCAACGAUCUCUCUGAAAAAGACGAACAAGGUCAUAGCGGGCUGGUAGCUUGCUUUGACACACCAACACGAUAUGGUUUUUCGUGUUAUUUAUUGCAAUUAAUGUUUAAUUAUGUUAUGAAAGUUUGCCCAGUCAUAUUUUGUUCUUCUUGUUCCAGCUAAAUUAAACUUAAGAAAGGUGUUUGUCAAAAAUUUAUCAUAGGUAUUUUUUAAUUUAAGAAACAGAUAAACUUUACAUGGCUUUAAUUUAGCAAUAUCUUCAGAUAUUUUAUAUAGAUUUACUUAUUUUCUUAUACGUUAGUACAGUUAGUAAAGUUAGUUAAGUACGAACAUGAAAAAAAUAAAAUUAAGAAACAGAAAAAAAAAAUAAAAAAUGGAAAGUUUUGGAAAGGCUUGGGUAGCGAGUAAAUAAAGGAGUCUUGAUAAGUUCUCUACCAAUUCCUAGUUUAUCUCCUAUUUUGAUUCGAAACCCUUAUAAAAGCAGACGUUAUUUAAUGUAAGAGAGGCACUCUCUUUCUCUCUCUCUCCUCCUUCUCUCUCUCUCUCCUCCUUCUCUCUCUUUCGCUCUCUAGAACUUCGAGUUUGUGGUCCGAUAACGAUGCCUACGUAUUACAAUGAUCAUCUCGCAGCUGCGGAGAAGGACAUAAGCUCGAGUAAAUUCUGUAACUUGGUGGAUGCUUCGGUCAUGUUAUACGAAGAAAAACACCGUAAACUUCUUCCAAAGAAAGUAAAAUCCAGAGGCCACGCGAAGAAGAAGAAGAAACAAGAAAAAGAGAGUGACAAGAGAUUCUUCCAUCUCUUCCCUAAAAGAAGAAGAACUUCGGUUGUUACUGUAAGAAACCCUGAACAAAACCAACAAAACCUUGAUAGGGUUUCUACUUCUUCAUCCCUCCUCGACCUUAACACGAUCCCCGAUGAUUCUUCUGACCCACGUAACCCACUUCAAGGGCUUUCUUCUUCAUCAUCAUCGUGUUUGGGAGAUUACAAGAUCGCGGCUGAUAACAAGAGGAAAACCCCACAAAACCCUCCUUCUUCUUCAACUUUACUUGUGGAGUACAACACGGAGAUGACAAACCCACCAAACCCUAAAUAUGAGUCAAACGGUAGUGGCAGUAAAUCCAAGAAAGCAAAGGUUGCUCCUUAUUCAUGGAUAGGGAAGGAGGCGCCGGAGUGGCUGGUCAAGAUGAUGGGAACAAUGCAGGGAAGCGAAGGCCCGAGGCUCAUCUAUCAGAAGACUCUGACCGAAACAGAUAUCAAACCAGAUCAGAGCCGUCUCUUAGUGCCUUUCAACACCCUAAUUUGUAACGACUUCUUGACGCCUGUUGAGUCGAGAAUCCUACUAGAAGAAGAUGACACCAAGGGAGUUGGAGCGACUCUAGUGGAUCCUUGGGAGGUAAAGUGGGGUGUGAUUUUGAAGAAACGGAAGAUGAAGAAAAAUUCAGGGAAAGUAACCUUGAAUUACGCUAUUAUCUGCGGGUGGAACGAGAUCAUUGAGGCUAACGUAUUGGAAGAAGGCGAUGACAUCAGUAUUUGGUCUUUCAGGCGGGGUAGAAAUGGAAUCCUUUGCUUUGCCCUUGUUCUUCCUCCUCCUCCGGACAUGGCAUAGAGUAUCUCUUCCCUUGCUUUCUGCCUCUCACAAGUUUCUUGAUUGAUUUAUUCGUACUGUGAUUCUGGUGGUUUUUUGGUCUAGUUUUUCUUUUUCGGUUUUUGGUCUAAUUUUACUUUUUUUUUGGUUAUUAGGUUUUUGGUCUAGUUACAAUUAGGGUUUUAGUAGGAGUGUGAUCUGUUGUUUCCCAUCUUUUCUAUGGUGUGAAAUUAACAUUUUGACAAUAAUAUGGUUUCUUGGUUAGUCUA